GCACUUGUGUUCAAGAACAAUUUGAAACGUCACAAACAGCAGAGCAUCAUUUGAGAGAUAUUUGCAUCUUGGGCUUGCGUUCGUCAAGAUGCCCGUCUACAUUGCAUUACAAGCAAUAUUCGAAGGCAUCGAUUCAAUACCAUACAUAUGGCCGAUCAUCAAGACGAUACCAUGGAUCGUGCUUCUGUGGAUUCUCAAGGUGUUUUUUUCAGGCGCUUCCAAUCUAGCUGAACGAAAGAUGCAUGGCAAGGUCGUGCUGGUGACAGGCGGAACAAGUGGUAUAGGUGAAGCCACCGUUCGUGCAUUGGCUGCGAGAGGCGCACAAAUUGUGCUGCUCACUCAGCACUCUCUCAGCGAUCCUUUCAUUGUCGAGCACAUCGAAGAUAUCAGAAAGGAAACCAAUAAUGAACUUAUUACGGCGGAACAGGUGGACCUGUCCUCUCUUCACAGCAUUCGAAAGUUUGCGACCAAGUGGAUUGACAAUGCACCGCCCCGAAGGCUCGACAUGAUUGUGCUUUGUGGCAAUACUAUGACACCGAAGAGUCGUGCUGUUCAGAGCACGCGCGAAGGCGUGGAGCUGAACUGGCAAGUCAAUUACCUGGCCAACUUCCAUCUGCUUUCGAUUCUGUCUCCUGCAUUGCGGGCACAGCCACCGGAUCGAGACGUUCGGAUUGUGUUUGCGACAUGUAGCAGUUACCUCGGAGGCAAUCUUGAGGCAAUCACCAACCCAGCAGAGACCGCCGCGAAGCACAAGAAAGUGUCUAAACGCGAAAAGGCGGCAGAUACUACGGCACCACCAAAGGCUGCAAAGACCCCGAUUGUGGAUGCCUACGCUACAUCGAAACUUGCGCUUACGAUAUUUGCGCUUGCAUUUCAGAAGCAUCUAUCAGCAUACAAGCGGCCUGACGACAUGCCGAUGAACUCCAAGGUCAUUCUGGUGGACCCGGGAUUUUGCAGAACGCCCGGCACCAGGAGGUGGCUCGCAUCCGGCACCUUGCUCGGACUUUUGCUCUAUCUGCUGUCAUACCCAUUCUGGUGGCUAGUAUUGAAGUCUCCGCUGAUGGGUGCUCAGAGCUUUUUGCAUGCGGCAAUGGAGGAAGGUUUGACCCGUAGUGAAGGCGGGAUUCUGCUCAAAGAAUGCAAACAGCGCAACUUUCUCAGGGCGGAAGUGGAGGAUGAAGUCGUGCAGAAGCAGCUUUGGCAGUACAGUGAGCGGAUGGUAGAGGAGGCGGAGAAGAGGGGAGCUCUGGAGCGAGCGAGACUGAAGAAAGAAGAGGAGGAACGCAAGGAGGAGGCUGAUGCUGCUAAGGAGUUGAAGGAUUAUAAGGAAAAGGUUGGGAAGAAAGACGGGCAGCAGAAGGGUGCUGGCACGAAGAGCAAGAAGGGCAAGUGACGGGAGGUAGAUAGAUGGCCAUGUCACUUUCAUGUUGCAUCAGUAUUCUGAAACUUCGUCGUGAAUUCAAUGCAGGUGCGUAACGUAUGAUGAAGGAUGGUGAUCUAUACAGGAUGCAACAGUACAAAUGGGUA